UAGAAGAGGGUUCCAUUUUCGCUUUUAUAUUUCUCUUACAAUUCGCUCCCUGAAAACACUCUCUUUGGCCGAUCACUUUCUCACAUUUUCUCGGCGAUUUUCUCUCCCGUCAAACCCUUCCAAUCUCCUCCUCGGUGAUUCUAAAUCCCUUUGAUAGCCGGAGAUUCUCUCUGUUCCUCUAUCGAUCUCUGUUGCACUCCUUCACUGUGGUGUCCUGGAAGCUGGUUUAAAUUUUCGGUCUGCAUAAAUGCCAGUUGCGAAGCUUAAGGCCUCUAAUGCUACAGAUGUGGUGAAAUCGGAGGAGGGAAAUGAUUCUCUAGAUACAUUUAUUAGACAAGCGAUUGGAAAAGAGCCUUUUCUUUCUUUCUCUAGGGCUGGGGAUAGCCCAGUCCAGUGGAUUCAACUGUUGCAUGCUUUAGAUCAGCAAGAUCUCCCAGGUUGGCCUUUGCUGACUCCUUUGAAAGUGCAAAUGCAAAAGUGUGACAAGUGUGCCCGAGAAUUUUGCUCACCCAUCAAUUAUAGAAGGCAUAUACGUGUGCACCAUCGGUUGAAGAAGCUUGAUAAGGAUUCCAUCAAAAAUAGGGAACUCUUGGGAGCCUUUUGGGAUAAACUGUCUGUAGAUGAGGCAAAGGAUAUUGUCUCAUUCAAGAGUGUGGCAUUGGAGGAUGUUCCAGGAUCCUCAGUUGUGAAGGCGUUGACAACACUUAUUAGGAAACCGGGAUUUUGUGCUUUGCCACAAGUUUGUUUGAGGGCUGGAUCUGUACUUUUGGAUAUUAUCCAAGCUAGGCCAUCCAGGUUUCCAAUUUCAUCCCAAGAAUUAUUCACUAUUCUUGAUGAUGCAAGUGAAAAAACAUUCCUAUGUGGGGCAGCUGUUUCGAUUCAAAAAUAUGUUUUUGAUGGGGAAGCAGGAAAAAUUGGUCUUGAGACAAAGAACUUGGUUGCUUGCACUAGCUUCCUUCUGGAACAGAGAUUGGUUAAAGCAUGGCUUGCUGACAAGGAUGCUGAAGCUCUGAGAUGCCAGAAGAUGCUAGUGGAGGAGGAGGAAGCUGCUCAGAGAAGACAAGCUGAGCUCUUGGAAAGGAAAAAGCAGAAAAAACUCAGGCAGAAAGAACUGAAAUCAAAAGAUCAAAGAGAUGGGGAGAAAGAAGACGUUAAAGAUAGUGUUAAUAUUAGUGAUGCAUCUGAGGCACAGCUACUGGCAGAAACAUCCUGCCCUUUAGCCGCAUUUGAUUUUGAUACUCUAGAACGAGAUAUGGUGCCAGCCGAAAAUUCCUCAACUCUUGAACUAGUCAAAGGUUUGAACACUAAAGAAGAUGUGAACCAUGAAAGUCAGACAGGGUUUGCCAGUUGUGCUUAUACCGAUCCAAGCGGUGGUCCUGCUGCAGAGCGACGAAUGGUGCAAGGAGGUGGUCGUCGACAUAUGGUUGUUGCUCGAUGGCAGGUUCCCCCAAAAUCACAACGGGGUAUGCCCCAUGGUUUCCAUGCUAAUCUUAGUUCUCAUGCAUCAAAACUCGGGGCCUCGCAAAAGCAUGGUCUCAACAAAGAUUUAAGGCCUCUACAAUUAGUUAACGGUAAUAAAGUAUGGAGCAGAAAAAAUAAACUGGAAAAUGAUGGGGGGAGCAUAAAGCCUAGAACACAGGAUGAAACAGUAAACCAACCAGACCAAGGCAAGAAUUGUGAGGUUUUGAUUGGUUCUAUAUCUGUAGCCUUAGGAAACUGCUGUCCCCAAGAACACAAUAAUCUGGCUGAAGGCCGAAAUGGUUGCCUUGCAGAGCCUGAAGUACCUAAGAGAAACAUCCAUGAGAAACCUAGCAAAAAUGAUGCCCUCCACCAUUAUGGCACAAACCGGGCAGCAGUUAAGCUAUGGAGACCAGUGAGCCGGCAUGGGAACAAAGUUUCAAUACCAAAUGGCGGUAGAGAACUUGAAGCGAAUGAGGGCGCUGGAAGGAGCAGAGAUGCAAAUGAAACCUUGUCUGGUGAAAGCUGUAAAAGAUUAUGUGCAACAGAAAAUAAUGAUAAUAGGAGUGAACACACUGCAUCACUUCUCCAGCAAGCUGUGCUUCCGGGAAGCAUGCCUUUCAACAGCCAUGAUGCCAAAGCAUUUCUUUCACUAAGGUGGAAAGAGGCUAUUGCAGCUGAACAUGUGAAGUUAGUCCUGUCCCCAGAAGCUGAACCUCUUGGAAAUGCAGAGGAUCAAAAUGACUAUAAAGCAGCAGUACUCCAGUCAUCAGAUUUUCAUAAAUGUACCGUUGUCGGCAACGCAGAGAACUGGCCGGUUAAUUCAGUGGCCAUUGCGUCUUCAAAUGGAGGAACUAAGCCCAAGUUCAGACCAAAGCCUGAAAAAGGUGCUAAGAUAAAGUACAUUCCUAAACAGAGAACCUUAACCUAAUAAGAAAGAAGACAGAUGGGCUUUUAUUUUGUUAUACAGAUAUGCACAGUUUAGCCAACCGUCAGUAUAUUCUUAGCAGAGGUUCCAGUUUUACAAGUGGUCUUCUGUCAGAAAAUCGAAAAAAGAUUUUGCUCGAAUCUUUUAUAAAUUCCAUCAUUUUUAAGGUUUCAUAGGAGAUUGAUUAGUCCUUUUUUUUUUAUAAAUUUUUUCUUGGACUAAAUUAUGGAAUUUUCUGUAAUAAAUUUUGUUCUAGCGACUGCAAAGGUCCUUUUUCUUUGUUAUACUGGAUCGGGGUUCUUUUUCUUGUCCGCACAAGAUUCGUGCUACGAAAUGCAGAGUCAAAUGCCUUUUGCCUCUUUCUUU